CACGAACAUCACGAAUUCACCAAGUAAAAACAGGAGCAUCAUGACAUCCAAGUUUUCGAAGUCGCUCCGCGUGAACGACAAUAGGACCGAAGAACCAAGGAACGCAACAUUAUGGUGUCGUCUCGUGUCAGCCAAUGAAUCCGUUGGGCAGGUUCGAAUGGAAUGAGAACUAGACUGUUUCGAAUUGAUUUUUUAUUGAUGGAGAAGUUUUCUAUCAUAAAGAAAUCUUUUGAAUAAAAAAAUUUAAGUGAAUACUAGGUACAAACACUCAUACUACAUAAAGAACCAAACGUCAUCGUCAACGACAUUAAUACAUAAUGGGAGGGAACGCUGCUGCAAAAGAAUAUCCCACAGUACGUUACAAAUCAAUCGAGAGAACGUUGUUUGUACACUCUGUCGUCACGAGUAAAGCAACGAUUUUUUUUCGUCAAUCGAAGCCUCACGAUACGUUUUUUCUGUUCCAUUCAUUACGACGAUAGCAAUACUUUCUGGCGUCGGGUUUAGCGGCUACAGGGUGUUACCGUAAGUCACUGAUUCUCUGAACAGCUGAAGACACAAAUAUUUCGUCUCUAAUCACUUUUUGUAUAAUGUCAAAUCCAUCGCUUAGCGCUCUGGAGAUCUGCAGCGAUCGGCCAGUCUGGCUUCCAUGUAGGCACGGUAAAAGCGGGCGGAAUAACUAUUCCUCGCACCCUGGCGCCGUAUGUUCAGGGGUUCUUGCCACCGUACAAGGGCGCUUUCGCCACUGUUAUCGGUAUGACGUACGCCCGUGCUGCCAUAUUUUACCUGUCGGAUUGGGGCCACGAUGUAAUGACGAAGGAUUUCGGUUGCGACGAAGUCACCUCGACGGUGAUCCCCCCGUUUGUAGUGAGCACGGUCGUGCAGAUCACGAACCAGCCCGUCGUGAGAGCCACCGUGACGCUCCAAAACCCGUCCUACAAGCACCCGAACGUUUGGGCGAGUGUGAAGCACAUUUACAAAACCUCCGGGAUGUCGGGUUUGUGGCACGGGACGACCGCUGGUGUUCUGAAAACAGUACCAAAGUAUUGCAUGGCCAUUGCCGUGAAAGAUUACGCCGAGCGGACACUUCCCAAGCCCGACUCGUCGAGUCCUACAUACGACAGGGACAUGCUGUGGAGGUCGGCCGUCAAGAGUACCAUGGCAGGUGUCGCGGGUGCAGCUCUGACGAACCCUCUAGACGUUAUUCGCAACGAACAAUUCAAGACCGACCUGGGGUUGUGGAGGACAACGCGGUCCUUGUGGAAGGAGCUGGGGUGGAGGUUUGCGACACGCGGAUUGGGAAAGAACAUGGUCGCCGUUGCAUUGCCCGUUGGAGUCACAAUUUUUUGUACGGACACCCUGAUUCACAUGUCCCAGCAACAGUCCUGAUCAGUGCAGCGAGCAUGGUAACAAAUUGUCACUUUCAACAAAUCACAGGAACGAGGUGUGUUCAAUUUUGUAACCAAAUAGAGUAAAAAGGAAUAACGUGCCGACAUACGUAUUUGAAUAACCGUUAGUAAUUUUUUUAACAAUUCGUUCUAGGUUUUUCUCUCGCGAAAAUAUAUUGUUAAACAGUUGAGCAUAGCCGCACUAGGGACGAAAUCGUCAGGGAUCCAAGAAGGUACUUCCGAUGAGAAUCAUCUUCUUUUCCCACCUCCCGAGUCCUUGAUUGUGCUCGUGGGAAUAACGCCAAUCUCCGAAAUAGGUUUCCGAAUCCGCCGGUGCCUUUUGCUUCAAUAGCAUUGCAGGUCACACAGAUCAAAGAAACCGUUGCACUCGCAUAUCCAGCAAUCAACUCUGCGCGGCAGU